ACGGUUAGUUCAGGGAAACCAGCGGACCGGGAUGACCAUGCUCCCUGUGGUCUGAGGAAGUUAUUUAAGCGUUCUCUGAAUAUCGCGUGUUUCCUUUCCUUUUCUUCAGGAUUUAGUCUUUUUGCGAGGUCCGGAGACGCUCCUCAGAGGCGCUGUCAUCGUUGUCUUAUUUAUAAAUCAGAGGAGAUCCAUUAUCGGACAUAAUUGUGAUAUAAUGGGAGGAGAUAAAUCACUGUGGCGAUAAUGUUCAAGCUUCCACAUCUUGAACCCUGAAUUCUGUUCCUCUGAGGAUAAAGAGAGGACACCAGAAGACAGAAGUGAUUCAGAGAGGUCAGCGGCCUCUCUGACCCAGUUCCCCCCCCCACCCUUCAGGAGUGACAUGGAAGUUCUGCGCAAGUCUUCUGUGUUUGCUUCAGAAGUGCUGGAUGUGUUCGACCGAUCGCUGACCGACAAAGAGCUGGUGUCCCAGUCCAAGGCGCUGUGCAGAGAAUACAUCCUGUCCAGACUCAACCAGAAUGGGCUGGGAUGGUCCAAAAGCGAGAUCAACUUUUCCCGUACAAACGCGGCGCUCGAGGAGGUGUCCAUGGUGCUUUUGUGUCUUGGCGACGAGCUGGAGUGUAUGCAGCCCAGUCUGUACAGGAACGUGGCGCGGCAGCUCAACAUUUCUGUUUCCAUGGAGAACAUGGUGUCAGAUGCCUUCAUCGGCGUGGCAACAGAAAUCUUCUCUACAGGUAUAACGUGGGGUAAAGUGGUGUCCAUGUAUGCAGUAGCUGGAGCCCUGGCUGUGGACUGCGUCAGACACGGCCAUCCGACCACAGUGCACAUCAUAGUGGACAGUCUGGGACAGUUUGUCCGCAAGGUCCUGGUUCAAUGGCUGAAGAAGCGUGGAGGAUGGGUAGAGAUCACAAAAUGCGUAGUUAAGAGAGAUCUAACCCCCGAACAACACUGGUUGUCCUCCACCGUCGAGUCCCUGAAGUACUUCCUCACCACGAUGUACGUCUACAUCAUGAAAGAGCCGUGAGCAGCGGAGUCGCCGGCCUCAAACAGACUUGCCAGAGACAAAAGCAGGAGACGAGUCGCUGUUCUUGAUGAGGAUUGAACUUGCUGUGACGAAUGGCCAUCCAGUAAUGUUUCAUCAGCAGCGUGUUUUUGUUGUUUUCCACACUGUCGGAUGAGUCUGUGAAUCUCUUUCAUUCCAAGGGUGAUACUGAAGAGCAUUAAAUAGCAGUAUUUGCAUCCAUCUGCCUCCUGUACGCAUUUCCUCACUGCUUUACGCCAGUGCAGUAAACCAGGCUUCUCCAGUGCUUUACCUGUCACGUGAGACGAUGUUUUUUGGACCUGAGAAGCGUGUAAUGCCGCCCAGAUAAAGAGUCUGGGCGUUGAAUGUGAUGCUUCUAUAUUCAGCAGAAUGAUGAAGGUGGCUGACGCUUUGGUAUCGAAGCUUUUGCGUCGGUCACUUAAGAGUUUUGAGUCUGAUAAUGGGCUCCAAAUCAGAAGCAAAUGAUCAUCUGAGGGGCUACUGCCACUGUUUAACCUUCAUGGACUGAAUCUUUUGUUCUUUACCAAAGCACAAACAAAUGUUUCUCUUACCAAAUAUGAUCCAAAAUGACCCAGCAAGCAUCCUGGUGUAAGAUGAAACAGAAACAAAGGGUCUCAUUGUCACCUUUGGCCAAAGAACUGAAAGACAGAGGAAUGGAACCUAUUGAAUGUCCAUACUUUAAAGAUAGUGAUUUAUUUUUAUUUUUCAAAUCUGUAAAUACUUUAUUUAUGAUUUCUUUUUCUUCUACUUUUGAUUACAACUCCCAACGACUGAGACCAUUGCAGUAUGCAGGAAGUUGCUACAUCGGCUCUCCAGGAUGACUGUAUGUGUUCGGUGUCACUUUUACAGUGUUCAUUUGUAAAUGUGUGUGUGUGUGUGUGUGUGUGUGAAUGUUUUUUUUUAAACCCACAAUAAACUUGAAAUCAUCACAGA